CGUAACCGUAGAAUACAGCCCCACCGGUUCCGUGCUCGACGUGCUAGCGCUGUAAACCGGAACGAGGAGGGGACCACGGUCUUACGCAAUUGCGCCGCACGACGCCCGGUCCGGUGCGAUCGCGCAAAUCGAUCUUAUCUCGUCCUCUGAAAGGUUCAGCCUCCCCCCCUGGAAAAGGAAAACAUUUGCCUCCAUGUAACAGUGUAACAGUGAUGCGUGUGGUUUGGGUGACAGUGCGAUCGUUCCGGUAACCGCUGUUUGGUUUGGUCGCGUGGGAGCGUCACAUGGCGGUGGAACACGGUGUGCCUAGGAGAUAGCUCGUAAUUGCUCAUUGAUUGCUCCAUCGGGAAGAGGUCAUCGACGGACGGUCGGACGGGCAGGCCGCCACCACGCCCCUUAAAGCAGAAGCCUUUUUCGGUUUUUGCCAUCAGCAAUCAGUGGUGGACACCAGUGCGUCCCGUGGCAAUGUAGCUGCAUUAUUGCGUCUCGUGUGAAUUAGUUUCUGUGUUCUUUUUUUGUUUGUUCAACGCGUGGCGGACCCGCGGAUCACACUGUGAUCGGAAAGAAGAAGAAGACGACGAAGAAAACAGAAAAGAGUUGCCGGAAAAUUGGGAUCCAUUUCACGACCACAGCAUCUUGGUCGCCUCUUCAAUCAACCAACCGAAUAAGGACGCAACAGCGACGUAAUCCUUUCUUCUCGUGCGUGCCGAGUGUGUGCAGUUGGCUGUGGUGGUUGCAGCUUUUCACUUUCGCCAAGUGUACCAUAUGCAUGCUGCUUGGCCGCGAAGUGUUGGCCGCGUGUGAGGAAAGUGUCGUCACUAAAACCGAAGGCUCUCCGCGAUCCCACAAUCCCCGAUCACAACAUACAAACAAACAACGCGGAAAUGGUGAUGGUUGCUGUGCGGCUGCUCCGCUGGAUUCCGAUCUGCACGGUGCUGGUUGCAAUACAAGAAUGGCACCGGACGCUCGCCCUGCGGCUGACGAAUAUGAACGUCCCGGAGGUGGUCGACUACCGUGACACGGUCACCCUUUCCUGUAGCUACGAUCUCGGCCUGCACCAGCUGAACUCGGUCAAAUGGUACAAGGGCAACCAGGAGUUUUACCGGUAUGCCCCGAUGCUGACACCCAAGGUAACGGUGUACCCGGUCGAUGGGAUUGCCAUCGCGACGGACCGGCCAACCAUCUGCAACCAGUACCUCUGCUCGAUUCGGCUAACGGGGCUGGGGCGCCGGUCCAGUGGUGAGUACCGGUGCGAGAUAUCGGGCGAUGCGCCCGAAUUCAAGCUGGCGAACGGGACGCACAACAUGACGGUCGAGGCACUGCCGAUCGAGGACCCAACCAUCAGUGGGCUCAGCUCGAGCUAUCUACCGCACGAGCACAUCCUGGCGAACUGCACCUCGGACCGGUCCAGCUUGCCGGUACGGUUGCUGUGGUUCAUCAACGGUCGCACGGUCCCGAUGGAGUAUCUCCAGCAGCAGCAGGAGACGACACUCGAGAGCGAUUCGUUCCACCUGCGGUAUCGCACCCUGGAGAUGCGGGUACCGAUCGAUCGGUUGGUGCAGCGCGAGCUAGACAACGCCAUCCAUAUCAAGUGUGUCGCGACGGUCGACCUGGUACCGGGGGCCAGCCGGGAGGCGAAAGCGGUGAUAGCGCUCCGCAGUCACCGAUCGUCGCUGUUCGGCUUCGGUGGUGGUGGUGGUGGUGCUGGUGGCCAUCACAGUAAUGCUGCCGGGGCCGUUGUCGCUACCACCACUGCCACUGCCACCGGUCGAAGCCGGCUGCUGCUGGUGCUACUCAGUGCUCAAUUCAUCAUGAUGUGGGUAGGAUUUCCGGUGCCCGGUUCGCUCCCCGAUUCCAGUGGUCACUCACUUUGAGCCAUCAUUGCGCACGUGGUGCAGUGUGGCGGUUGUUUUUUGUAACGCAGAUCGCGCCAGCCAGCCAACCACGAUCGAGGCCACGUUCUGACUGAGUCCACUCUAUCCGGGGAUGUAUGUUCGUUAAAUUAUGAGAGAAAAAGCUUGCAAAAGAGAGUGCAGGGCCACUAGGGUUAGCACGCGGUUUGGUGUGCAAUCACGGUUGCGUUUGGCUGCGUUUUAUGUUCCUUUUCUUUCCUAGCUACCACCAAAACUGGUGUCGCGCGGGUUAAUCGCUCUUUGCGGGAUCGAAAUCGAAGUAGCAACAGGUUACUAUGCGCUUCCUUCGCACUAAAGAUGAUGCGUUGCAGCAAUUCGUUUAAAAGAAGGACAGAGACGUAGAGGCAAAGAAAGGGAGAGAGCGAGCUAGAAAAGUGAAAGAGCAUUGAAAUGAUUGUAAAUAUUGUGUACCACCCCCGCCAUUCGAUUAUCACACGAUGAUGCUGUUCCGGGGUUUGGCGGCAGGAUACUCGAGCAGCAGAAGCAGCAGGAGCAGCAGGAGCAGGAAAAAGGGAGAAACACACAGCUAAUAUCGUGGUGCCUGCGACCCGAGAUGCAGAUCAGAGUGGCAGAAAAUAAAAACCAAACCAAAACCCCACACCCGGUAGGUGCGACACCUAGCCGCACCACCCGCAGUGAAGAGGAAGGUCUCCGGAGCGUCGUGGAGUGAAAUGUGAGAAGUGUGUGCGUGCGAGAAGAUCAGCGGAGCGGUGCUGUCUGGAAUGCUGUGGCAAUUUUUAUGGCCAAA